AUGGCAGCACAGCCUUCAACUCCUGGCCAGGCGGCGGCAUCGUCAUCGGCAUCGGCAUCGGCAUCGGCAUCGGCAUCCUCGUCCUCAUCCUCAUCCAUCUUCGGCGGCCCAGCAGUGGCGCGGACGCAUACUUCGACUUCGGCUCAACCGAAUGCAGUUCUUUCCAGCUUGAUCCCCACGGGAACGACGUCUGCUGCCACUCCAACCUCGGCAGCUUCAUCCAACAACACCUACAUCAUGCCCAACUCCCCAGCCAAGACCCGACCUGUUCCUGACGGCUAUCGCCCCAAGAUCACGCGCACUCUUGGCCAGCGCCCCGCUUGCCUCGUCAAUGCGUCCGUCACAUACUGCGGAAACAACCAGAUGUACGCGUUUGGCGGGUUUGACCAGUACACAGACGAGGUCUACAACCACGUGCUUCGGCUCGACCUCGCGAGCCACCAAUGGAGCUUGGUCGAUAACUAUGGCGAUAUUCCUGGUGUCCGGAUGGGACACACGGCCACUUUGUAUCAAGGCGACAAACUCUUGGUGUUUGGCGGCGAGAACGAACAUCGAACCUACCUCUCCGACCUCAUCAUAUUCGAUCUUAAAUCGGCCCACUGGACCCAGCCACAGGUCUCUGGCCCCAUCCCCAAAGGCAGGGCAAGACACGCCGCGGUUCUGCACGAAGACAAACUCUUCAUCAUUGGCGGCAUCACCGGGCAGAAUAACUAUGUUCUCGACGACAUCUGCUACCUCGAUCUCAAAACCUUUACUUGGUCCAAGGCCUGGCGAUUCGUCGGGCGGUUUGAUCAUUCAGCGUACAUUUGGGGGGACCGAGUCUGGGUGUUUGGGGGUUUGAGCGAGGACAUGGACAAGAUCAGCGAUCUCUGGUGGCUAGAUCUUAAGGGAUGCCCCGAGUUUGAUUCUCGCCCACACAUGGGGGCUUUUGACCGCAACGCCAUCGCGACGAGGGCAAGCGGUCUGCCUCGUCCUCCGCACACCAUGGCUCCAGCCGCGGCCGUAGGGUCAUCUGGGUAUGCGGCCAACUCGAGGACCGCGCAGGUGAACCCUCCGUCGUUCCAGCUCAAGUCGUACGCCCCAAUGGCUCCCGGGUGCAUUUCCGCCGUCAAGUUCAUGUUUGGGCCGGCCAUUCCUUCGCAGGGCUCUGGAAUACACUAUCACCAGUAUUCUUCCGGCAUGCUCCUCGACUUUGUGACUCCAGCCGCCACCAUUACGCCGAGGGAGUGCUCCCUGUCGGCGCUGGAUCUCAACACCUUGCGUUGGCAGAAGCUCGCCGAGGGACGCGAGAUUUUCAAGGCAGCGUAUCGGUGGCACUACUGCACAAUGAACGAAGACGGCACCAAGGCUUGGCUACUUGGCUGCCCGACGGACCCAGCCUCUGCCGACCUGGGGCCGAAUGGUUACGAGGAGUAUCUAAGUGACAUUAUGGAAGUUGAUCUUCGAAGAUACGGCUUCCUGGGAAAUCGCAUGACGCCCGAGCCCCGCACCGAGUCGCACCCUUCUGCUCUGAUCAGGGCGUCGGAUCAGUCGUCUCACGGGCUGGGAUCGGACCUGGCCAAGCUUUUCAACCAGCCGCCGGAGACGGGCAGCGGCACGGACUUUGUCGUCACGGCGCUUGCGGAAGACGGCCAAGACGACGAGGCGCUCGGGUCCGGGCUGCUGCCCUGCGAGCCCUCGCCGCGGGACCAGGGCUGGCUGGCUUCGGACGCGCCGACCUCGCGGCCGAUACACGUGCACAAGCUGAUACUGCAGGCGCGGUGGCCGCACUUUGCGCGCCUCUACAACGCGCAGAUGGCCGAGUUCCACACCAAGAAGAUGCACAUCCCCGAGCCGUACUCGGUGGUGCGGGCGUUCCUGCUCUACCUGUACACGGACAGCAUCCACGGGACGGGCGAGGCCGAGGCCGAGGCCGACAGCGACGCGACGACGGACCUGUCGGACGUGGCCGGGCUGCUCGUCAUGUCCAACAUGUACAACAUCCCGCACCUGAGGCUGCUGUGCGUCAACCGCCUGGCCAAGGAGCUGGACGUGGAAAACGCGUGCGUGAUCUGGUACUGCGCCGGGCUGGCCAGCGAGGAGUGGCUCCGCAAGCGCGCGGCCACGUACUGCAUGACGCACUGGGGCCGCAUCGUGCGCACGCAGGGCUUCCUGCGCCUGCCGCGCUCCGCGCUCGUCGAGCUGUCGCAGGAGAUUGACAUGGAGGGGCGCGUCGUCGCCGGGGACGAGCUGGAAUGGGGGGGGCUGGGCUCGCGGUGCCUGGACGGCGGGCACGGCGGGCGCAAGGCGAGCGUCAGCAGCAACCAGACGCAAAUGGUCGAGUCGGAAGCCGACGACGACGACGACGAGGGGAUGGAGCUGUAA